AUAAUGUCUGGAAGGGGAAAGGGCGGUGGAAAAGGUCGCGCCAAGGCGAAGUCUCGGUCGUCCCGGGCUGGCCUGCAGUUCCCGGUGGGCCGUGUUCACAGGCUCCUGAGAAAGGGCAACUAUGCUGAGCGUGUGGGUGCCGGAGCGCCGGUCUAUCUGGCUGCGGUGCUGGAGUAUCUGACGGCUGAAAUCCUGGAGCUGGCCGGCAACGCGGCCCGGGACAACAAGAAGACCCGCAUCAUCCCCAGGCACCUGCAGCUGGCCGUGCGCAACGACGAGGAGCUCAACAAGCUGCUGGGAGGGGUGACCAUCGCUCAGGGCGGGGUGCUGCCUAAUAUCCAGGCCGUGUUGCUGCCCAAGAAAACCACUGCUGCUGGAUCCGCUAAAAAGUGAAGAGACUAUUCUUGAAUCUGACAACCCAAAGGCUCUUUUAAGAGCCACUCGCAGCAUCUGUGAAAGGAGCUGAACCGUUUGUUGGGUUGAAUUACUUUCCUUUUAAUAUGUAGAGCCGUGACAGUUAUACUUAGCGUCGCUACAUGUUGUUGCCUGUGGCAGCAGAGAAAGAUUAUA